GGUCCUUCUGGACGCCAUGCGGUGUUGGAUAAUUCUAGAAGAGCGUCGGUGAGACUUCGUUGCAAGCGCUGCUGACAGCACAGGGCCUGAGUUUGACCCACCACAGCUCACUUACUCACAUCCAGCUGCUCUGCACAGAUCUCUUACCCCGCGUUCAUCCGAAUUUAGCCAUUAAACAAGUCGAAGAUGUUGUCGGCAGCGAGAACGAGUGUGUCGCGCUCUCAGAAGUCCUGCGGCAGUGUGUCGGAUCUCCUCAAGAAGGCUUGUUGGAGUGGAUUGACUCAGCAGAGCCUCCGGACUGCAGCCAGACGUCAUUAUGCGUCGGAGGCGAUCAGAGGCGCCGUCGUCGGCAUUGAUCUGGGAACCACCAACUCCUGCGUGGCUGUGAUGGAGGGGAAACAAGCCAAGGUGCUGGAGAACGCAGAGGGAGCGAGGACGACGCCGUCAGUGGUGGCCUUCACAGCUGAUGCAGAGAGGCUCGUGGGAAUGCCGGCCAAACGCCAGGCUGUCACCAACCCCAACAACACGCUCUAUGCUACUAAACGCCUGAUCGGACGCCGCUAUGAUGACGCUGAAGUUCAGAAAGAUUUGAAAAAUGUGCCCUAUAAGAUCGUGCGUGCGUCUAACGGAGACGCCUGGCUGGAAGCCCACGGUAAACUGUACUCUCCCAGUCAGGCUGGAGCUUUUAUCCUCAUGAAGAUGAAGGAGACCGCAGAGAACUACCUGGGUCAUGCGGUGAAGAACGCUGUUAUUACCGUACCUGCUUACUUCAACGACUCUCAGAGACAGGCAACCAAGGACGCCGGACAGAUUGCUGGUUUGAAUGUGCUUCGUGUUAUUAACGAGCCGACGGCUGCUGCUUUAGCCUACGGACUGGAAAAGACUCAGGACAAAAUAAUCGCUGUGUAUGAUCUCGGCGGUGGGACGUUCGAUAUCUCUGUCCUGGAGAUCCAGAAGGGAGUUUUCGAGGUGAAAUCCACCAAUGGAGACACGUUCUUGGGCGGAGAAGAUUUCGACCAGCAUCUCCUCAGACAUAUAGUGAAGGAGUUCAAGAGAGAGGUUUGUUAUCUCUGCACACAGACGGACAUCAACCUGCCGUACCUGACGAUGGACGCCUCUGGCCCCAAACACCUGAACAUGAAGCUGACCCGCGCUCAGUUCGAGAGCAUCGUGGCGGAUCUGAUCCGCAGGACCGUGGCACCCUGUCAGAAGGCCAUGCAGGACGCAGAGGUCUCCAAGAGUGACAUUGGAGAAGUACUGCUGGUGGGAGGAAUGAGCCGCAUGCCGAAGGUCCAGCAGACGGUCCAGGAUCUGUUCGGUCGUGCUCCCAGUAAGUCUGUGAACCCAGAUGAAGCCGUGGCCAUCGGCGCGGCCAUCCAGGGAGGCGUUCUGGCCGGAGACGUGACCGACGUGCUGCUGCUGGAUGUCACUCCUCUGUCUCUCGGCAUCGAGACUCUGGGAGGAGUCUUCACCAAACUCAUCAACAGAAACACAACCAUCCCCACCAAGAAGAGCCAGGUUUUCUCCACCGCUGCUGAUGGACAGACUCAAGUAGAGAUCAAGGUUUGUCAGGGAGAGCGAGAGAUGGCUGCAGACAACAAGACUCUGGGACAGUUCACCCUGGUCGGCAUGCCUCCGGCUCCUCGUGGUGUUCCUCAGAUUGAAGUCACCUUUGAUAUCGACGCUAACGGGAUCGUGCACGUCUCCGCUAAAGACAAGGGCACCGGCCGAGAACAGCAGAUUGUCAUCCAGUCGUCUGGUGGACUCAGCAAAGAUGACAUUGAAAACAUGAUCAAGAACGCUGAGAAGUACGCAGAGGAGGACCGGAGACGGAAGGUAGUGUCUCGAUUCAUGUGA